GUUCUUUACUUUGUUUUUUGCUCUAUAUCGUCAUCUUUCCGUGUCUUCUGUAUUCAUGUAAUCGUGUUUGUUCUGACCUUAUUUCAGGGGAAGGAACUUUGGAGGCUCUCAGUGCCUUCAGCACGUGCAACAUGUCCGACUCAGGCUUUGCGGUGGAGAAAGACAGCCUGGUGUGUGCAGUCUGCACAGAGGUGUACAGGUCACCCAGAUUUCUACCUUGUUAUCACACCUUCUGUCUGCCGUGUCUAGAGGAGCUGGCCAACAGACAUGGAAGCAUCCUCCCGUGUCCCACGUGCAGAGCCUCUGUCCCGGUCCCGCCAGGUGGCGUGAGUGCUCUACAAGUCAACUUCUACAUGACCGAGGAAGCUCUGGAGUGGGCGCGCAGUGAGGACCUUUACUCCACAUGUCCUGUUCACACUAAACAACAUGUUAUAUUCUAUUGUACACAGUGUGAUCAAGCCAUCUGUAUGAGAUGUAAACUCACUAAACAUGAGGGGCACGUGACCGACGAUCUGUCAGACGCCGCUGUUCGCUGUAAGAAAACGGUUGAAGAACAUCUCCAUCGUCUUGAUGAUUCUAUUCAAGUCCUGAUUGAGCACGCGGAGGCCGUUGUCAAAAUUGAGGAGCGAGCCAAAGAGAAGCGAGAUGCAGUGGCAGGACAGAUUCGAGCACGGUAUGACGUCAUUGUGGAGAUGGCAGGGAAAUGUCGAGACCACGCGCUGAGAGAACUACAGACGAUGGACGGUGUGGAGGAUGAGCUGGCCCUGCGUUCACAGAAAGUUCAGGAUGAACUGCUGACAUUGAUAUCACUUCGAGAGCGUGCUUCGGUGGCGCUGAGUUCGUCCUGUGACACGGACAUCCUGCAGGUGGAGAGAGAGAUGAGGAGGAGAGAAGGAAGCCCUCGGAGGCUGAGAAACCUUGACGUUGGACUGACGACCAUCACGUGGCCCGGUCUCCAUAGCGACUUCUCUAACGACCUAGAGGACCACAUGAAGAGGUUUAUCGGGUCUCCAGUCACACUCAGUUUUCCUUUUGAUAACAAGAUCAUUCGAGUUAGUCAAUGUGCUGAUGGGGAAUGUCGGGAAGUGCACGCUCUGCGGGAAAUGAAAGACAAACGAAUUAAGGUGUCGUAUGGGGGGCCUGGAGGGGACUUCUCCAAAGUAAAGGAAGUAUGGUUGAACCCGGAUGGUUCUCAAAACAAGAGCUGGGAACAUGGAACACGUGUAUCGUACAAUCCGCUUUCAGAUCAUUCGGUACUAAAAUGGAAAGAUCCAGCAAAAGGAAAAAUUUUAUUCCAAAAGUGACAGGAUGUUUCUCCUACAACAGGACUGUGACACUGGUCAGUGUUAUGUAUGUUCUGUGGACCUCGAAUUGGGAGACAGAAAAGGAGAAGUUCACCUCGGUACAAUUUUGAGUCGCCCAAAUGAAUCUGUCCACUUAAUACACAAUUUUGACUCAAAUAAAUCGGGAACGUUCUUCGUUCUGAUAGAUGAAAUUAAAGGCGAUAAGAUAAAGAAAGAACAAAGGACGAAUGGCCAGGAACAAACGGACGGAAGGAAUCCCCGUGUUGUUCGUCUUUAUUCUCACAAAUGUAACUCACCCCUAGCGACCUACACAUCACCGCUACAACCAUUCUUCCCAACAGACGUCUGCUUUUACACCCAACACUUGCUGCUGAUCGCUGACUGGAUGAAUGAUUGCGUGCACGUGGCCAAAGUUGCUGACAAUGACCUCAGGUUCAUGGACUAUCUCCCAGGCAGUGGCGCCAUCGUGCGGCCCACAGCUCUGAACCUUGACCUUAACGGCCACUUGAUGAUCGGAUGUGGGGACGGGUGGGUGCUGAGAUACCCUUUUGAUGUUCAUGCAAUGGAGAAAAGACUGUCUUCAAUGAAGUAGGAAAUAGUUGAAUUACUUAAGUACUCAUUUUGAUAACAAACUAAAAUGGAAUGUGAAUUCUAAAAUAUUUAUGGAAGCAAUAAAAAUGUUCUGUCUUUUGUGGGUCUCGCCAAUGUCGGAAUAACUCUUAUACCACGAUACUACACACAGGGAGGACAACUCGUGCUUCCAAAACGCUACAAUGUGUGGUUAUUCUGAUGUUGAAAGAGAAGGUGACAUAUUAUGUAGGUGUGAGUGCGAGAGAGAACAAAUAAUUUGCAUACAAAGAGAUCUGAACUACAAUUUACUCUUUACCACUAAAAUAAGUUUCUGGUAAUUUUCUCUAAUGUUUCAUGUGAAAAUAGCUCCCCAUCGAGCUGUUGCCUUUACCUGAAGCAGUCACAAGGAAUAUAAUUGUAGACGUGUAGAUAGUUUCCUCUGUUCGACAA